UUUCCAUCAAUACCAUUUCGAAAGAACACAUUGCAGAAUUACUUUUAUUAAAACGAGAGUAAUGCAUGUUGGUAUUUUUGUUUUUUCAUUUUAGGUUCAUUAAUAAUGGUGCGGCACUAUGUGAGAAAGCGUGGAAGUCGUCAAUAUAAAAAUUAUUCAGAAAAAAAUCUGGAAAAAGCUUUGAAUGAGGUUCGUGCAAAGAAGAUUUCUGUUCGUGCAGCUGCUGAAAAAUAUGGCAUUCACAGAAACACACUUUCUGGAAAAAUCCAUGGUAAACAUCCAAAUGCUUCAGGUGGGCAGACAACAUUUUCCAGCGAUGAAGAAGGCUUGUUUGCGAAGUACAUUAUUGCUAUGUCAACUUAUGGGUUCCCACUGACUGCAUUUGAUUUGCAGAUGACUGUAAAGAACUACCUUGACAAAUGUGGUAGACAUGUAAAGAAGUUUAAAAACAAUGUCCCAGGGCGGGAUUGGGUAGAAUCAUUUCUCAAAAGGCACAAACAAGAUUUAAGUACAAGACUUGCAAGAAAUAUCAGUCAUGCUAGGGCUCGUUCUGAUGAAGGGACCAUCAAUACUUUUUUUGAUAAUUUUUCCAAAGAGGUGGAAGGAGUUCCACAUUCUAAUUUAUGGAACUUCGACGAAAGUAACUUGGUAGACGAUCCGGGCUGUAAAAAAGUUAUAGUUAUGAAAGGUACAAAGUACCCUGAAAAAAUUAGAAAUGCUACGAAAGCAUGUACCACUAUAAUGUUAUGUGGAAAUGCAGAAGGGAUUCUUGCCCCCAUUUACAUUAAUUACAAAGCUGAGAAUCUGUGGCAGACUUGGACAGAGGGGGGACCAGACGGGGCUCAUUACAAUAGAACCAGAUCCGGAUGGUUCGAUGCUGCGUGUUUUGAGGACUGGUUCACAAAACUUAUGCUCCCAAUUCUUAAACAGCAACCAGGAAAGAAAAUUAUAAUGGGAGAUAAUUUGAGUGCCCAUUUGAAUAUAGAAGUUCUAAAUCUCUGUGAGAAAUAAAAUAUUUCGUUCAUUUUGUUACCUCCAAAUGCUACACAUCUACUACAA